GAGGGGAACCAAAAAAUUUUCAGGUCGAAAGGCCACAUGUUUUUAAUUGCGGGAGCGUCUGACGGUUUGAUUCUUUAAAAGGAGGUGCACUCGUCUUCCAUUACUAUCAAUAUUCUUUAAGUGUUGUGGCACCAAAUAAACGUUGCUGGUCGGAUUAGCUUGGAUUUGGACAACUUUUAUUAUCCGGAGUUUAGCCAAUCAGGAAUUCUAGCAAAAAUGACUUCACCUACCACCAAAUUGAACAGUGGUUAUGAGAUGCCCCUCGUGGGCUUCGGCCUAUGGAAGGUUAACAAUGACACGUGCGCAGACCAGGUCUAUUCAGCCAUCAAGGCUGGCUAUCGUCUUCUCGAUGGUGCUUGUGACUACGGAAACGAGAAGGAGGUCGGCCAGGGUAUCGCACGGGCUAUCAAGGACGGCCUUGUCAAGCGCGAAGAGCUCUUCGUUGUUUCUAAGCUCUGGAAUACAUUCCAUGACAGUGACAAGGUUGAGCCCAUUGCGCGCAAGCAACUGCAGGACUUGGGUCUUGACUAUUUCGACUUGUUCUUGAUUCACUUCCCCGUCGCUCUCAAAUACGUUGACCCAGCUGAGCGCUAUCCUCCUGGGUGGACCGGCCCUGAUGGCAAGCUUGAGUUCAGUAAGGCCACUAUCCAGGAGACAUGGCAAGCAAUGGAGUCACUAGUCGACAAGAAACUUGCUCGCAGCAUCGGUAUCAGCAACUUCAGUGCACAGUUAAUCAUGGACCUAUUGCGCCACGCCCGUAUCCGGCCAGCUACCCUUCAAAUCGAGCACCAUCCUUACCUCCAGCAGCAGGAACUCGUCAAGUACGCUCAGAACGAGGGCAUAGUCAUCACCGCGUACUCGUCAUUUGGUCCUCUCAGUUUCAUUGAAUUGAACAUGUCCUCUGCAGAGAACACGCCCGCGCUUUUUGAUCACGAUGUUGUCAAGUCAGCUGCUACAAAGCACGGCAAGACUCCUGCGCAAAUCCUGCUGCGUUGGGCUACUCAACGUAACAUUGCUGUGAUCCCCAAGAGCAACAACCCCGAUCGCCUGUCCCAGAACUUGGACGUUACCGGAUGGAGCCUGGAUCAAUCAGAGCUUGAUGCCUUCAAUGGUUUGGAUUUGAACCUCCGUUUCAACAAUCCUGUCAAUUACGGACUCUACAUUCCCAUGUUUGCAUAAGUAGACUUCCUCAUUCUAGAUUAUACUAUUUCUCUUGAGACUGACUCUGCUAAAAUCCAUUCGUUGAGCUGGUUAUGCGGAACAACUCAAAUACAUGAUAUUUACGGAUUUGUGUACAUGUGUAAGAGUAGUAGUUCUACUCCGUCAGAAUAUAAGUUAGACUUUUUGAAUAUACAAUGGAUACUUAUACUUUUGUCUG